AUGUCACUUCAGCUUGAUGAAUUCAUCGAGAACUGGCUCAAUCAAAUCGUUCCUUCCUUGUCGCGCCCCUCACCGGACGUUGCGCCCUCGCGUGACGAGCAAGGGAGAUCAACAAAGAGACGCAAGAUCAGCCAUCUCAUCUCGCCGUCGCAUUCUUCCAACGGCUCAAAGGCCCGGAUACAAAUUUCAAUGGAUCCAAACAAUCCAGGCACGCCAGAGAACUCAUCGAAGCGAAAGGAGCUUCACCCCGAUCACCAACGAGACGAUGAACCUUUCGAUGCCAACGAGACGCCACGGCCAACAAAGGCGGCCUCCAGCAGCGCCAUCUUCAAGAACACGCCCAGUUUGUCUUCACAAAGUAAUGCCAGCCAAACUUCGGGACGGAGCUCGCCAACGAGGGCCUUUCCAGUUCAAGGAUACAACAAUAACCACCGUCUUGAUUCUGUGACGAUGGACCCAGAUAAUCGAGAUAUGCCUUCUGACUUGGCAAAUCUCUUGGAUGACAUGUACGAUUUCUCAACAGCGAGGUGCAUCAUCCCUGAUAUCCUCAAGAGCGAGAUCGGGAAGCAAUCUGCAGGUGAUCGGUCGCUCCGACGGCUUCGCAAUGAUGCCUUCUAUAGCUCGGCCACAGAUGGCUCACCACCUAUGGACAUGACAUCAGCCUCAAGACUCAUGCUCACAGCCAGGAAGCUUGUUAAACGAGCUGGUCAAUGUCAUCACUUGCAAUACGACGAGGCAGGGUGGAACAACUUGGUGCAUACCCCCUUGCUGGACGCCCUGUUCAACGAUGGAGACCCGAACGAGACUCAGCUGGUCGACUUUUCUCCAUGCAUGACGGCAUCAGUCAGCUCACGCUUCCACUACUUUCCCAUCCCGGCUACCAAGGUGGACUACGUUCUCUAUCUGGACGCAGACGCGGAAGACACCUGUACAAGUGAUGCGAUUGCCAAGCUCGAAGAAACGGCAGGGUCAGUCAACCACACGGCCUUCACGCCCCUGGCGUCGCACCCCAUCUCCCUCAGCAUUGAGACUAAGAGACAUGGCGGGGACGGGAGAAGGGCCGACGUCCAAAUGGCAGCCUGGCAGGCCGCACAAUGGUCGUUCCUUGAGGCGCAUGGCGGAGGGGCGGUCAAAAACCUGGCGUUUCUGCCAGGAGUCAUUGUACAGGGGCAUGAGUGGAAGUUUGUCGCGACGACGCGCAAGGAUAACAAGACGACACUGUGGUCGAGCCACCAGUUUGGAACCACGAUGACUUUGGUUGGCGUCUUCCAGAUUAUGGCUGGGAUGCGGAGGCUUCGGAGGUGGUCAGUUGAGGUCUUUUGGCCCUGGUACAAGAAACAUGUUCUUCACUUGCGUGAAGUAACACAAGUUGAGUCUAGUAGCCGUUGA